AUGACACCAGACUCUAGAGUGCGUUGGAAAUGUGCCUGGACGUCCAGUGUGCAGAAAGCCAUUAAUUCAAGUGAAGGUGCUGUCAAGGAAAAGCACGCCAGAAUUGUUGUCAUUGCUUCACACAAAGAGAAAUCUUCGCUGACAUAUUGGAGUAUCGUAAGACGUCUUCCUCUGCAGGACAACCCCUUGGUGGCAUGGAAAUUUUGUCACGUUACACAUAAACUGUUAAGAGAUGGCCAUAAAAAUGUGUUACCAGAGUCAUUUCACUCUGUUAAAUUUAUGAACGAGGUUGGAAAGAUGUGGGGUCACUUAAAAGAUGGCUAUGGAAUUUUAAUAUCAUGCUAUAUAAAACUCUUGGAGCAGAAGCUGCAUUUUCAUAAAAAGAUGCCUCUCAUUCCUGGGAAUUUAGCGAUGGACGACAACAAAUUGGAUGAAAUAUGCAACAAAGAUAUCAAUAGCUAG